CACAAGCCAAACACACACACAAUAGGAUCCAUGGAUGAGAUGCAGAAACCUCAUGCAGUAUGCAUACCCUUUCCAUCACAAGGCUGUAUUAACCCUAUGCUAAAACUAGCCAAAAUCCUCCAUUCCAAAGGCUUCCAUAUCACCUUUGUCAACACCGAAUUCAACCACCGUCGCCUCCUCAAGGUUCAGGGUUCCGACAUCCUCAACCACCACCCUUCUUUCCAAUUCGAGACCAUUCCUGAUGGUCUUCCGCCACCGGAAAACUUAGACGCCACCCAAAGCAUCCUGUCGUUAUGCAAGUCCACAUCCGAAACCUGUUUGGAACCUUUGAAAACCCUCCUCGCCAAACUCAACGACACCACAACGAUACCUCGAGUGAGCUGUAUGAUUUCCGAAGGUGUAAUGAGCUUCACACUCGAUGCAGCAGAGGAAUUGGGGAUUCCUAAAGUUCUGUUUUGGACAACUAGUGCUUGUGGCUUAUUGGCAUUUGCACACUAUACCACUCUAAUGGAAAAAGGAUUCAUUCCACUUAAAGAUUCUGGUGAUUUGACCAAUGGGUACUUGGAUACGAUCGUAGAUUGCAUACCCAGCAUGAAAGGCAUACGCUUGAAGAACAUGCCACCUUUCCUGAGAACCACAGAUCCAGACGACUUCAUGGUUAACUUUGUGAUCCAAGAAACGACCAGAGCCAAGAAAGCUUCGGCGAUCGUGCUCAACACCUUCGACGAUCUAGAGCACGAUGUAUUAAACGAGCUCUCUUCAAUUUAUUCUAACAUUUACUCGAUCGGGCCAUUGCAUAUCCUCGAAAAGAAUAUGGUGAACAAUGAUUUGCAGUUGUUGGGUUCGAGUCUCUGGAAAGAAGAGACAGAAUGUCUGGAAUGGCUCGACUCAAAAGAAUCUAAUUCAGUUGUUUAUGUGAAUUUUGGAAGCAUAACCGUGAUGACACCCGAGCAACUAGUUGAAUUUUCAUGGGGACUUGCUAACAGUAACCAAACCUUUUUAUGGAUAAUCCGACCCGACCUAGUUUAUGGAGACUCGCCAAUGCUGCCACCAGAGUUCUUGGCGGCUACGAACCAUAGGGGGUUCUUGACAAGUUGGUGCCCUCAAGAAAAGGUUCUGAACCACCCAUCAAUCGGAGGGUUUUUGACACAUUGUGGGUGGAACUCYACCAUGGAWAGUAUAUCGAAUGGAGUUCCAUUGAUUUGUUGGCCGUUCUCAGUUGAGCAGCAGACGAAUAGUUGGUUUAGCUGUAAUCAGUGGGGCAUUGCGAUGGAGAUUGAUGGUGAUGUCCACAGAAAACAGGUUGAAAAGAUGUUGAGGAUGUUAAUGGUGGAAGAAAAAGGUAAAGAGAUGAGAGGAAUGGCUAGGGUUUGGAAAAAAAGGGCUGAAUCCACRUCAGCUUUGUUGAAUAUGGAUAGCUUAAUCAACCAAGUGCUUCUUGGAUCCUAUCCUAGGGUUCGAGUGGUGACAGCAUCUUCAUAGGGCUCC